AUGUUGGCGCAUAAUUUUGAAGUGUGCAUAGACCGGCCACCCGAAGAGAGGUCCUUCUACCGCAAGGACCACCUCAUACAGCACCUCAAGGCGGUUCAUCACGUCAAGCUCGACCCUUCACUCAUGGAGCGCUGGAGACAAACAAUACAGGAUAUCAAGUCAUCUUGUGGCUUUUGUGGCCUAUUGAUGACAUCCUGGACAGAGCGUGCCGACCAUUUGGCGGAUCAUUUCAAAUCCGGCGCAACCAUGGCGCAGUGGCUUGGUGACUGGGGAUUCGACGAUGACGUGGUCCAGAUGGUCCAGAAUUCAAUACCGCCUUAUCUGAUCGAGUUUGAACGCACGUCGCCGUGGCCGUUCACGACGGACAGAGGCCCUCCAGCAACGCCAGCAAACGCCUUUGAGCUCAUCAAAAUUGAGCUGGACUAUUUUGCUUCAUGUCUCGACGAAAAGAGCCUACCCCCUUCUCAAGAGGUUUUACAGUACGAGAGCUGCUGCAUUAUCGUCGGGUCUGAAAUGCUAUCGCCAUCUCAAGAUGCUCACAACACGCCGCGGUCCUGGUUGCGAGAUCUCUUAAUGUCUGAUGAGCAUGUCGCACGACGAGCUCGUAAUACACCUUUGGCAAGCAUUGUAAAAGAUCGGGCGACAGAGUUGAGAAUCAACAGCAAGGCGGACAUUUUCGACUCUUGCAGCCUGGAAGAGCAACUCCAAUUAUUCAUGGUACAGAAUCAUGCCUACGAAUCGCCAGUCGAUGAUGUUGACCUGCAACGUGGGGCGUGCCAAGUCGUGCAGAACGCAGACGCGCAGUCGAGAGAGCCUUCUGAGUUGUUCAUGUCCUUCUUGACAGGCCUCAUCAAUAACUCUUCUCACUGGUUGGCGCCGUUUCGGCAACGAUCUGAAGCAAAUGCGUUACGAGCCAGUCGUGAUAUACGCCUCGGAGAACCUGGGUUUGAUGCGUCACACCAUCGCGAGCUUCAAGACCAGAAAGAUCAAAGCGGCAACGCGGCUCUUGGUACGCUUACAGAGCCUGUAUUUGCCUUGGACGAGCCGUUCGACCAGGAACUUCCAAGACAAGAGAUACUAGCGGAAUUACCAGGUCCACAGAGGUUCACUUUCCUCUCUACCGACACAUUCUACUGGGGUCUGAGACGUGAGCUGUCGAGAUUCGUGGCCAUGUCUAUGUCUCCUAGGAACCCUGAUUGUCACAUCCCGACAGAUCAAGAGCUCCAGAAUCAAGCCCGGUGGAUUAUGUUUGACAGCGAUGAUACAUGGAAUCAAACACCUGCUGAUAAUGCAGAGUGGCUCCUGCAGUUCAAACGAGACAAUGGCUUAGCUUCCUGGAACGGGGCCAGUAAUGGGUGA